GAAACCUCGCCUCCUCAACAAAACGUCGUCACCACUACUCCGCCAUCAAGCCCCCUUGCUCCUUCACCAAAAAGGGCAAGGGUUGAAAAGAUUAUUGAACCUGCCCCUCAGUUGGGCAGUUCGUCGACUCUGCUCCUAGAUGAUCCUAUGAUCAAGGAUCUUCUCCGCAUCGGUUCCCAAUUUAUUGGGUACCGUGAAUAUGCUAAUAGAGCCGAAGAGAAACUUGCAGAGGCUAACGAACGCGCCGACGCACUUUCUCGAAAACUUGAGCAAAGUGAGGCGGCUCGCAAGAAAGCGGACCUCGCUGCUAGCAAAGCCAAGACCGAAGCUGAUGAAGCCAAGGCGAAAGCUGCUGGUGUCGAGGAACUGCAGAAAAAGCUUAAGGAUGCUACAGCUGCUUUAGAUGAGCACAAAGCUGCGCAAGCUUCUCGUGAAGAAGGAAUCCUCAAGCGCCUGAAGACUCAGAGUCGCCGUACUUUCGUCCAAACAAACCAGGAUUUUGACCUGACGAAUCCUGUCGAUGAUCCGGUCCUUGACGCACUUUCCUAUCUGGAGCUUCAUGGGUCCGAGAUUCGUGAAGGUGUAUCGAAUGCUAACGCAGUAUUGUCGGCAUUGUUCCCCUACUUCUUCCCGAAGAAGGAGGAGCCUGCGACUUUCCUCAACCUUGCCAAGAUGUUCAAUACACCGGAAGACCUUGGACUGAAGAUGCGCCAAGAGAAUAUGAAGGUUGCCUACCGCUUCGACAAGCGGUAG